GAUUGUUCACGCUGCUGUCCUGAAUUGCUGGCGCAGCGGGUCUGCAGCUGAAAAUAUCUCGACUUGCCCGUUGACUGAUGCAAUGCCCUUUCCUGACCACUGGGUGGCAAUGUAUCCACAGUCUAAUAUGAAACAGGAAGACGGACUUACUUCCGAACCAUCUUCUGACUGCUUCACUUCCUGAAAGAACAAUGAACACGGUACUAUCGAGAGCGAACUCGCUCUUCGCCUUCUCUCUCAGCGUGAUGGCAGCUCUAACAUUCGGAUGCUUUAUUACUACUGCGUUUAAAGACAGAAGCGUAGCGGUGGAUAUACACGUAUCCAAAGUCAUGCUUAAAAACGUGGACGACUUCACAGGACCAAGAGAGAGGAGUGAUUUGGGCUUUGUGACGUUUGACUUAACUGCUGAUCUUCAACCAAUAUUUGACUGGAAUGUGAAGCAGCUCUUUCUUUAUUUGUCUGCUGAGUAUUCAACCAGAUCCAAUGCACUAAACCAGGUGGUGCUGUGGGACAAGAUUGUCUUGAGAGGUGAAAAUACCAAACUAAUCCUGAGGGAUAUUAAAUCCAAGUACUUUUUCUUUGAUGAUGGCAAUGGUUUAAGGGCAAAUAAGAACAUCACUCUCACUCUCUCCUGGAAUGUGGUGCCAAAUGCUGGAAUCUUGCCAUUGGUCAUGGGAUCUGGACACAAGUCACUUGCCUUCCCUGAAACAUAUGAAACUGCAAAGAGCUACUGAACUGUCCAAGCCCAUCCCGAACCUUAUUUGCUUAUGUUGUGCUCUGUACGGGUUUUAAUAAAAAAUAUGUUUAAAGGAGUGACUUCUUUCAACUGUUGCUUUUGGGGUUAAAUCAAAUAAUUGCAGCAAACUGAUAUAAGAUGGUAAGUCAUAUGCCAUUAUCUCAGUGCUAAUUUGUAAACCGAAAGCCUCAGGUUGUUCUCAUUUCUCACUGUGGACAAGAAUUUGCUUAAUGAUAAUAAUCUGCUUUGAAUUGAAUGGAGUCUCCCACAAUUAUAAUAUUAAAUGUAAGGAUUAUACUGUACAUUCAAAGUAAUGUUUUUCAUUAUGCAGAACAGCCUGUCUUGAAGGGAUAGUUCACCCAAAACUAAAAUUCUCUCACCAUUUUCUCACCCCUAUGCCAUCUAAGAUGUGUAUUCUUCUGCUUAACACAAAUUAAGAUUUUUAGAAAAUGUUUAGAAGAAUAGCUUGGCUCUGUAGGUCCUCACAAUGCAAGUGAAUGGUGAUCAGGCCUUUGAAGCUCCAAAAAGCAGAUAAAGUCAGCUUAAACAUAAUUCAUCAGACUCCAGUGGUUUAAUCAAUGUCUUCUGAAGCAUGAUGUUUUGGGUGAGAACAAACCAAAAUAUAACACUUUUUUUCCUUUUUAUGUUGACUUUGUAUCCUUUUUGAUACUUCAAAUGCCUGAUCACCAUUCACUUGCAUUGUGAGGACCUACAGAGAUAAGAUAUUCUUCUAAACAUCUUAAUUUGUGUUUAACAAGAGAAUACACAUCUUGGAUGGCAUGAGGGUGAGUAAAUGAUGAGAGAAUUGUAGUUUUUCAGUUAACUAUCCAUUUAUCUGCAAGCAGCAAUUUAAUCGUUGUGAGCGUGCAUGCAUUAACCAAAAGGAAGCACAAUAAUGUAUCCAGGGUUACUUAUGCCUCCUGGAGAGCCACAUCCUGCUGUAUAGUUUAAAAUCUAAUCAAACACACAAAAAAUAAAUAGGUAUUCAAAAUCUUUAGGUUUAUUUGAAUAUCACCACCAGGUGUGUUGGAGUGUGGCUGGUAUUAAACUGGAAAGAUUCUCUGAAGGAGUAGGCAGGUUAUCACAUAUUUAGAUCAGUGCAAUAUUCGUUGCUGGACUAUUAGUUAACUAAAAUUGUAUUUGUAAUGCAAGCAAUGGCCUUUUCAUUGGAACAGUAAUGGAAUUACUACAAAUUACUGUAGAUCCAUACAUUGCUUCAUUCUAGGAAUUAUUUUGAAUAAUAGCAAGUCCCAUGAUUCAGUCACCAGAUGGCAGCACUUAACUGCAUUAAAAACGUCACUAUGCCAGUUUCAGUAUUUUUCAAUUGGAUAAACGCUAUGAUUAAAUCAUAACACCAAGGCUUGAUUGAUUUGCUCAUGUGGAUGUGCCAUAAACUGCUGAAAUAAAUUUCUCAAUGCAGUACAUAGUAUAUGUCU